UCUUGCGAUUGCUAGCGUCUGCAGUCACAUGAUAGAGUCACAUGAAAGAGUAAAGAUGGCUGCAGUGACAGAAGAGCAGUUUGCAGCUCUGCAGAUCUUAUUGAAGGCUUCCUCAAAAGACGUAGUUAGACAACUAUGCCAAGAGUGCUUUUCUAGCUCAACAAGAGGCUCAAGCAAAUUGAUUGACAGCACCUGUUCCAAUCUGUCUGUGACAUCAGAAGAAGCAGCUCAACUGAUCUGCUCUUUGCACAACCUCACCAGGCACAUUGUGUAUCGGGGCCUGUCAUCUGCGGAAGAAAUUCUCUCUCUUUUCCCAGAGAACUUCCACCAGAGUCUAAAAAACCUCCUGACCAAGAUAAUUUUGGAAAAUGUCUCCGUCUGGAGGAGUGAAGCACAAUCAAGUCAGAUCUCCCUGCCUCGGCUGGUUGAUAUGGACUGGAGAGUGGACAUCAAGACAUCCUCGGACAGCAUCGGCAGAAUGGCAGUCCCCACCUGCCUGCUACAGUUGAAGAUUCAGGAAGAUGCUGCAUUGUGUGGGGAUAACCCUGUGAUCUCUGCAGUGACUGUGGAGCUGAAUAAAGAAACCCUAGACACUAUGUUAGAUGGUCUGGGAAGGAUCCGAGACCAACUCUCUGCAGUAGCAAACAAAUGAAUGUCUGGGAUGUGAAUUUCACCUGCCAUUUGUACCUGGAAAGGAACUCUCCUGUAUUACAAAUAGAGCUCUGAUAUCUUACAGACUGGUAUCUCUCUCUCUCUCUACCAAACAAUAUUUAAAAUGGUUUGAUUUUUUUGUUGGGGUGGGGGAGGUGAUAACACGGCUUUCCAAAAGCAAACGCUUCAGUAUGCAUUUGCUCUGGUGCCAAAAGCAUUUUACUAAUGUUGUUGAACAAAAACUGGUCUCCCAUUCAGAGAAGGAUUUAAAGGCUCAGAGCCUGGCUUAAUCACAAGGGUUGUAAUGGGAAAUAGCAGCAGCCAGUGGAGCAAACGCUGUUUCCCUGCCCUGAGAUUAGGGACGAAAAGAUUGAGGAUAGCUGAUGGGCUGGCUUCCAGCGUUACCAGACAACAAGAGUGCUUCUCUCUUGAAGGUGUGUGUACUGAGGUGCAUGCUGUAUGUCUCUCUCUCUCUCUCCCCCUCUCAAUGAGGCACAGCUAGGCUACAGAUCGUUAUUAUAGGAUAAUGUUUUGAAAUAGGGCAAUUAUGUUGCGGUGCAUUCCCUUCUGAUCGACUCCAUAUUACUAUUUGCAAAAUGACUAGUCUGAGCACCUCACUGUAACUGGGUUGGAACAGCUUUAGUAGCAAGUAAUUUUCUCCUUCGGGCUGAAAAGAAAGGGGGGUGGGGUUUGCUCUCUCAUGUUGGGUUUAAUAGACUUAGGCUUUGUCUUCCCUGCAGAACAAAAAAAGGUGCGAAGAGAGAUUUAGAUGGUAAAGAAUCAGUAGCAACUGUGUGUACCACAGCUGGUACCUGUACCCCCAAAAGGCCAAGUUACAUCUUCAUGUAAAAUAAAUCUUUUUAAUAAAAGAAAAAAUAAACCCGUUA